AUGACUGAUAAAUAUUUAGACCCACCACAAGAGUAUUUUUCAACAGAUGAGCAGCUCGAUAAGUACAGUAAGCCAAAGUCAUCUGCUGUCAAGAGUAUGCAAGAAAUGGCAGACGCUGCAUGGUCUUUUCUCAAUUUAGACGACAAUCAGUUCCGCCCAAUCGUUUUAGAUGUAGGAUGCGGAUGUGGCGCUGGAACUUCCCUCUUCAAUGAGAAAGGAGCAAUUGUUGUUGGCGUUGACAUUACACCAGAAAUGCUUUUGCGUUUCAAACGCGUUUGCCCAGGACCAUACAAUUCUAUUGUUUGCGCAGAUGCUGGUAUGGGUGUUCCAUUCAGACCAGGUAUUUUUGAUGCUGCCUUCGGCAUCGACGUCCUUAACUGGAUCAUGCGCCCAAUUCCAGGCGGACUUCCAGUUUCUAAGCGCCUAAAGAAAUUCCUUGAAUCCAUUCACGGCUGCCUUGGUAUGGGAGCUAAAGCUGUUUUCAAUUUCAACCCAGAAAAUUCAGAUCAAGCCGAAUUAAUUUCUACUACAGCAACACUCUGCGGUUUUGGAGGAAAUGUAUACAUUAACAAUCCAAACUCAGGUGCUAGCCGUGUUAACUGGUUAUAUCUCGAAGUUGGUGGCACAGCUGUUACAGUUUCAAAGGAUGGCGAGCAAGUUCAAGUUGGCUGCCCAACAGUCGGUACAUUCAAGGCAGGAAAUGACCAUCACCAGAAGAAAGGAUUUAAUAAGAAAGAAUGGAUUAUCAAGAAGAAGGAGAGACAAAGAAUGCUCGGAAAGAAAGUCGCGAACGACUCUAAGUAUACUGGUCGUUCCAGAAGAAGAUGGAUAUAA